AUGCUAGCAAGAAGAUUAUUACAACUACAAAAGCAACAACAGCAAUGCUGUUCAUCUUUAAACAUUAAUAGAGUUGCAUCAUCAUCAUCAUCAUCAUCUUUAUUAUUCAAUCAGAGAUACCAUAAUCAAAUCAAUACACAAUCAUCAUUCAAUAAUAAUAAUAAUAUUAGAUACUAUUCAAGUAAACAAAAACAACAACAACAAAAGGAUGAUAUAAAGAAUAAAGAUAAAUAUCAACAGGUAAUGCAUCCUGAUGAAUUAAUGAGACAGAAACAAGAGGAAGCAGCAAAGGAGAAUGAAGUCGAUGAUCCAGAGUCAUUGGUACCGUUGGACCCAGUUCAAUUCAUUACAGAGUCUGAUCUUGGUGUAAAGUUUGUAAUUGACGUUCCAAAGCCAUUGGAAGCUGUCUCUGAGAGAAUACACAAAGCCAUACAAGAUAAAGACUACAGAUAUCUCAACCCAUACACCUACCUCUUCCCAACACGUACAUUCGCUCUCGACGCCGCAUAUUUCCCACUCAAAGUAAGAAGUAUGUUUAAAUCUAUGGUACCAUUCAAAAGAGAGAAACUUGAAAAGAAUGGUACUCAGAUGGCAAUCGAAUCGUUUAGAGAUGUAUUCCACACGCUGAGAGCAGAGAAGAUCGAUUAUAAAUUCUCGAUUCGUGACAUCCGUGUGGUGAUCGACCACAUCGAACCGGCACUGCCAUUCUUCCAGGCGAAUGCACUCUACUUUAUCGACGGUGAGUUCCGUCUGCCAUCGAUUCUCGGUGACAAACCAAUGCACAUCAGUUACUACACACCGAUCGUAUGGCUUUCAAAGUUCCCAGAGAUGACCGAGAACGACCAACGUGAACUCGAAGACAUCAACUUUGACACUGAGAUCGAGUGGAAACCGGCGCGUAUCGAAAUGGUCGGUGUAGUCCGUGAGAUAGCCGACAAGAAAGUUGCUGAAAUCAUGGCAAGACUGAAGGAUUCCUACAAGAGAAUCGUUGAAGAAGCAGAGGAGCGUCAAGAACAACGUUUAGAAUCAGAAAAGAAUAAGUCUUCACAACAACAACAACCAAAUCAAUCACAACCCAAAACAAACAACAACAACAACAACAGCAACAACAAGAAAUAA